AUGGGAAUGGUUGUCACUGUAGAAACUCAAUUAAAAGAUAACAUUACCAGUUACGAAUGGAAGAUGAAGAAAAGGAAAAGUGAUGCUCUGAACGAAGAUGAACUUAGUUAUAAAAUUAGAAUUUCUGACGUGAAUGUUGUUAUCACUGGAUAUUCAAAGGAUUACUCUUCCUACCUAUCUAAAGAAACGUUGAAGCUGGGAGGUCAGCUGGUGGGCAUGGGAGUGCAUUGUACGCACCUGGUCGCUCCCAAGAUACUGAGGACUGUCAAGUUCCUCACCUGCGUCAGUCAUGCCAGCUAUGUCGUCACGUCACAGUGGCUCGAAAACUCUAUUGCUGCUUCUCAGUUCCUUGACCCAUGCAGCUUUUUGCUGAAAGAUGAAGAGGUGGAACAGAAAUUAAACUUUGAUUUUCAAAAAAAUAUCAAACAUCGUUCUUCGGGCAAGCUCUUCCAGGGCUUGCAGAUGUACAUGACGCCAAACAUCUCACCUCCCGUUUCAUUUCUGAGGGAACUUGUAAAGUGCCAUGGUGGACAGGUCAUCACUCAUCCUCCUGAUGCUGUACACCCAGCACCUUCACUGAUUAUUAUAACUUGUGAGAAAGAUGUUCACCUUCUUGCCGAUGCACUAAAAACAAAUUUAUACAACUCCGAAUUCUUAAUUAACGCGAUCAUAAAGCAGCAGGUUGACUUCUCGACAUUUGGCGGCAUCUGAUUUGUUGUUAGUCACCUCAGUAGGGGCCUGAACUGUUGCAUUUUUAGUUUAUUUUUUCAUUCAUGUUCUUAAAUUUUAAAAAUCCUAUAAACAAUGUUAUGCAUGUAUGUUGUUAAUUCUAAUAUAAAUAUUUAAAAAUA